AUGGAGGUCACAAAGCUCUUCGACGUCAAGGAUAAAGUUGUGCUAGUCACUGGAGGCGCCAAAGGCAUCGGCCUUAUGAUCUCGACGGGCUUCAUCACCAACGGUGCCAAAGUCUACAUCUCCUCUCGCGACGCGCCCGCCUGCACCUCCGCCGCAGCAUCCCUCAACGCCCUCGGGCCCGGAACCGCCAUCGCCCUCCCCGCGGACUUGCUGCGACUCUCCGAGUGCGAGCGCCUUGCCGCCGAACUCAGAAAGCGCGAACCAGGCGGUCUCCACGUCCUCGUUAACAACAGCGGGAUCGCCUGGGGCGCGCCGCUGGACGAGUUUCCCGAUGAGCAGUGGGGGAGGGUGCUGACGUUGAAUUUGCAGCGGGUUUUUACGUUGACGCAGUUGUUGUUGCCUUUACUUGAGAGCGCGGGCGUGGGGGGCAAGGACAAGGGUUGUCCGGCGGCGGUGAUCAACAUCGGGAGCAUCGACGCGCUGCGGGUGCCGCUGCUGGAGAACUAUUCGUACUCGGCGUCCAAGGCGGCGUUGCAUCAUUUGGGGAGGGUGCUGUCUACGAAGUUGGGGCCCAGGGGAAUCACGGUGAACACGUUGGCUUGUGGGCCGUUUGCGACGAAAAUGACGGCGUUUGCUAUGAAGACUAUGCGGGACGAGAUUGAGGAGAGUAACCCCAUGGGGAGAAUUGGGGAGCCGGCGGACGUUGCGGGGGCUUGUAUAUUUUUGGCUAGUCGGGCUGGGUCGUUCAUUAAUGGGGCUACCAUUACUGUGGAUGGUGGCGUGAGUAAUGUGGCCAAAUUGUGA